AUGACAACACUGAUGCUGACGCCGACGACACAGAUAACACUGACACCGACGACGCUGAUGCCGACGUUGACAACGACAACGUUGAUGCCGACGCCAUUUACAAUGAGAAUUAAUCCGACGACAACGACGACGCUGACACCGACGGCGCUGAUGCUGACGCUGACGCCGACGACACUUACAAUGACGAUGAAACCGACAACGCUGACGCCGACGAACAUGACACCGAUGCGCACACCGACGACACUUACGCCGACGAUGCUAACGCCGACGAUGACACCUACACUGAUGACGACACUGACGAACCUGACGCUGGUACUUAAACCGACGAUAACGACGACACUGACACUGACGAUGACAACAACGACACCGAAAACACUGACACUGACAAUGACACCGACGACAUCGAAGAAACUGCCGCCGACGCUGACCGUGGCCGACGACGUUCGGAUGAGCAGAAGGACGACCGAUUUUCAUGUUCAUUCCGUCGUUCCGUUUCAUCAUGUUUGUCCUGUUUAG